CGGUGUGGAAACAAAACCCGGGUAUUUUCACCGCCGCGCGAGUGUCUUCUGCGCCGAACUAGCUACCGGGUCAGCUGUUGCAGUCAACGGGGGACAUAUUACCGGCUGUAGUUUUGCGGAUAUCCACUCUUCUGACUAACUCAAGACCAACAUGGAGAACAGAAAACGACCGUUAGGUGCAGUUGUGACCCCUAAUGACAGCUUCAAAACGCCUGAAAAGAGAGUGUCUGUGGUCCGGCUGCCGGACCCGGACUACAUGCGAUGGGGAGUAGAGGAAACAUGUCGAUACCUGCGAGAAGAAGGUCUCGAAGAAUGGGAAGAUACAUUUAAAGCCCAAAAAAUGACAGGCGUCGGUCUGCGGUAUGUCAAGGAUGCAGAUCUGGAGAAAAUUGGCAUAAAGUACCUUGGUGACCGUCUGCAGAUCCUACACAGCCUCAGGAAACUGUGGCAGAAAGAAGCAGAGGCAAAUAAGGUGUUUAAUGAUCCCAUCCACGGGCAUGUGGAGUUGCAUCCUCUUCUCAUCAAAAUCAUUGACACACCUCAGUUCCAGAGACUACGAAACCUCAAGCAGCUUGGAGGAACCUACUUUGUCUUUCCUGGAGCCUCCCACAACCGUUUUGAACACUGCAUUGGGGUGGGUCACUUGGCAGGGCAACUUGUACAAGCUCUGAACAACAGGCAGCCAGAACUCCUCAUCUCUCGCAGAGACAUUCUUUGUGUGCAGAUCGCUGGGCUCUGUCAUGACCUGGGACAUGGGCCAUUUUCCCAUAUGUUUGACGGGAAGUUCAUCCCCAAAGCACGUCCGGGAAUUUCCUGGAAGCAUGAGAACGCCUCUCUCGACAUGUUUGAUUACCUGGUAAAAGACAAUGGCCUGAAGCCGGUGAUGGAGCAGCACGGCCUGGUGCUACCCGAGGACCUGGACUUUAUUAAAGAACAGAUCGCUGGACCACCGGACACCAAUGCAACUCAAGGCCAGAAGUGGCCAUAUAAAGGCCGUCCAGAAGACAAGUCCUUCCUCUAUGAAAUCGUGGCCAACAAAAGAAAUGGCAUUGAUGUGGACAAGUGGGACUACUUUGCCAGGGACUGCUAUCAUUUGGGUAUCCAGAACAACUUUGACUAUCGCCGCUUCCUAAAAUUUGCCAGGGUGUGUGAGGUGGACGGGCAGAAGCACAUCUGCACUAGAGACAAGGAGGUGGGGAAUCUGUAUGACAUGUUCCAUACGAGGAACUGUCUCCACAGAAGAGCCUACCAGCACAAAGUGGGCAACAUCAUAGAAACUAUGAUUGCAGAGGCCUUUUUAAAAGCAGACAAGCACAUACAGAUUGAAGGCUCAGGAGGGAAGAUGUUCACUCUCUCCACAGCCAUAGAUGACAUGGAGGCCUACACCAAGCUGACAGAUCAUAUUUUUGAGCAAAUACUCCACUCCUCCACCCCGGAGCUGGCUGAGUCGAGGCAGAUUUUACGCAACAUCAUCUGUCGACGCCUCUAUAAGUGUCUGGGCCAAACCCAGGCAGACAAACCCAUGAGCUUCACCCAGGAGAUGAUUCGCAGCUGGGAAGCAGAUCUGGCUCAAUCUAUCCCUCAUAGCGGUCCCCAGGAUGUCCGUCUGCAGCCAGAGGACUUUGUAGUUAAUGUAAUUUUUAUGGACUACGGGAUGAAGGAACAGAACCCCAUCAACAAUGUGCGUUUCUAUUGUAAGGAUGACCUAACUACAGCCAUCCAGAUUCGGAAGAACCAGGUGUCUAAACUUCUCCCAGAGCAGUUUGCUGAGCAGCUGAUCAGGGUCUACUGCAAGAAGACUGAUGACAGGAGUCUGGAGGCCGCCAAGAAGCACUUUGUCCAGUGGUGCAUGAACAUGAACUUCUCAAAGCCUCAGGAUGGAGACAUAAUAGCACCUGAGCUGACUCCUCUAAAAGCCAGCUGGUCAAACAGCAAUGAGGGCGAGGAUGGCGAAGGGGGCGGCUUCAGGAAAGGAAACUCUGCUAGUGUCAAUGGACAAAAGAGAGCCAAAGUUCAGCUUUCAUUUUAAUUAAGAGAAAGAGAGCAAAUACCCCUCUGUGACACAUUUGGUAAAAUGAGACAGCGUUGAGUGAAAAUUCUAUUUUUCUACAAGGUGAGUGUGUUGGUGGGCAAAGCAAAAUUCAAAAUAAUGAACCAAAAGAAAUGAUUUUAACAAAUACAUUCAUUGUUGCUCAUUCAGGGUCUGUACUCACGUUUUUACACACAUCCCUCUUCAGUAUUAUACACAUUUGUUUUAGUUUGAUAAUUUUUCAGGAUAAUUAUUCAGGUUUUUAUUUGAUAUCCUUUUGUGUGAGUGUUACAUUUUAAGUUGAUUUAUUGUUUUCAUACAAUGUGCUAUCAAGUAGCUUACUAUGGUGUAUUUGUGUUAUCAACAAUGAAUCAUGGUCAGUUCAAAUGUUUUACCUUGAGCAUGUGUACAGUAUAUUUUAGGGCAGUGUGUUUUUAGAGCUUACACACAAACGCUCAGUGAGCAUUUGUUUUUACCUUACUUUAAGCCUUUACUUUUGAAUGUAUUUAUUUUUCAGAAUUGCUUUCUGCUUGAGUGGGUUGUGAUGUGUGUUAGUGCUUUAUUUAUUCUGUAUUGAGAUUUUUCUUUUCAAAUGACACAUUUGUGCAACAUUUUUAAAUGGAAGUGUGGCUACCAUUUAAAAUGUUUUCCUCUUGUCAAAAUGUAAUCUCAUCCAAAUUACCACAUACCUGGUUGUUUUAUUUUGCUGAUUGUGUACAAAAGAAUAAUAUUUUGAAAGAAUGUGAAGGGAAACUUAAUAAGGGUUUGGGAAGAUCCUGUAAAUAUUAUUCUUAUUGAAAGGGGUUGAAAAUGGUUUGAAAAUAAAACUCUCUUUUCCUGA